GGCAAAACAUCCCGCCAAGCGUGGAAAAUAUAUGAUUUUAUUGUGUAAAUAUAUAAUUUAAGUGAUUUUUCUAACCUGCAUAGCACGUCAAAAUGUUUGCAAAACCUUAUAAAUUAAAAUCAAACAAUACUUUAAAAAACUCGGAGAAGAAAAAUCUAAUACAACGGAUUCAAAAGAAGUAUCCCUCGGCCCCAGAAGAAAGGAUAAAGGAAAUUGUGCCUAAUAAAUCAACUAGUAGUCUAAUGAAAUUAGUGCUUCACUCAGGAGACACCGUCGGCGUUUAUGUGGUAGAUGGAGUGCCGAUGAUUAUUGAAGUUGAAGAAUUAUUAGUGCCCACAGUAUGUGCCCUAUGGAUAGUUCCAGAUCUUGUGCCAACUAUUGUAAUACAUUCACCUGUGCUAAACAAGGUUCAAGGUGGUGCUCCGCUAUAUGCCCCUGGGGUAGUCACAACAGAUGCGGCUCAUUUCCCAAGGUUUUCAAAAGGUGCCCUGCUCUCCGCGUGUACUAUUGACAAUGCAGCUGCUGGCAUUGUCGGCAGAGCUACCAUGUCAUCCGGAGACAUGCUCAUAGCACCUAUGGGUGUUUGUUUAGAAGUGCUACAUGUGUAUGGAGAUCUGUUGUGUAAGGAUCUAAAAUUCAAUAAAAUUGAACGGCCCAAGAUGCAACAUUCCGUUUUAAAUAUUGUUGACAAUAUUACUAAUGAAAUCGGACAAUUAAAUAUUCAUCCUGUAAAAGAGGAGUGGCCGAGUUUGGUCCGUGAGACUGUCCCUCAAGCAAAUGAACCUAAAGUGAUAGAGGAGCCCCCAGAUAGUAAUACUGAAGUUGUUGAAGAACAACUAGAUGAUACUGUAGCUACAGAAUGUUCUGACUCAGACGAAGACAGGAUACCAGAUGACAUGGAUGGUCUGCUCCGAUGGUGCUUGCUAUCCUUCCUCAAACUGCAUGCAAAGGACAUAGAACUACCGCUGAAAACUAACCUUUUGUAUAAAAACUAUCUGAUGCCCCUAUGUCCGUCGGACCGCACGCUUGACGUCAAAAAGUCGACAUUCAAAAAGAUGGGCAAGUUUCUGGAAGCUAUGCAAAGGGAGGGUCUCCUCGAAGUGAAGGAAAUCGACAAGGGCGUGGACGCAGUAGUGCGCAUAGUGCCCUCCCACCCGGCAGUGCGUGCGCACACUGCAGUGAAGCCUUCGCCCCCUAAGAGUGUGAGCGACGAAGCCCCCGCGCCCCCCGUAGUGCGCGAGUUGUACAGCAUCACGGCCAACGUCGCCGAUCUGUUCACACCACUCAAAAAAGGCACAGCUUUAGCUGCGAACGAAAUUCGGAAGACGAUCAAGGAGUAUGUCACUGCGCGACAGUUGGAAGCUGGCCGCGGCUGUAUCAAACUUGAUGCGACUCUCGCUAAAGCCACGGGGAAGAAAGAACAGGAGCUAAUAAAGUGGGAGGAGGUGAUGAGCCUGACGCUGAGCCGCAUGACGGCGAGCACGGAGCUGCGCUACGCGGACGGCGCCGCGCGGCUCGUGCGCGCGCGCCUGCCGCCCGUGCAGAUGAGCGUCGUCACACGCAGCGGGAACAAGAAGGUCACGUUAGUGUCGAACCUAGAAACAUAUGGUUUCAUUUUAUCCCAAUUGGCCACUGAAUGCCAGCGAGGUGUUGCAGCAUCCUGCGGAGUCACACGAGCACCCUCCGCCACACAGGAUCAGCUCAUGUUGCAGGGAGAUCAGACACAUUUUGUAGCUAAGCUGCUAAUCGAGAAGUAUGGCCUGCCUAAGAAGUAUUUAGAAGGGGCAGACAAGGCUCUCAAUAAGAAAAAAUAAGUGUGAUGUGUUAAAGAUGAAAUAAAACAUGUUUUCCUUA